AUGAGUUUUAGGACACUAGCAGUUUUUCUGGUGCUGCUGGUCAUCGCCGUGGAUGGACAGAUAACUUCUCGACAGGUCAUCACUAUACCAGAAGACACUCCAGCGUACACCGUCAUCGGUGAUGUUUUCAACGGGAAUGGAGGUAUGACCACAGCGAAACACGGUGCUAAGCCCAUGUGUUCUAUUCUCAAACGAGGCAACCCCUUCGCUGAUUAUUUCCAAAUCACAAAAUCAAGUGGUGAAGUUUUCCUGAUGAAAAGUUUAGACCGGGAAGAAAUCUGUGAUCAUACGGAAACGUGUUUGGUGAAAUUGGAUAUCGCUGUGUCCUUGGAAUCCAAAUUGGUUGGCAUUUUCCGUUUUGAUAUCAUGAUAACUGAUGUUAAUGAUAAUGCGCCUUUCUUUCGCGAAGAAAAUGUCCAAUUGGAGAUUUUUGAAGAUGCUGACGUCAACACGACGUUUCCGAUCCCCUCUGCCACUGACCUAGAUAUGGGAGAUAACUCUGUGAUCACUUAUCAGAUUUCUCCCGCCAGUGAAAUGUUCGCGUUGGAUGUUAUCAGUAACCUGGACGGUACAGAUGAUCUGCGCAUAAGACUUACAGGGAUACUUGAUAAACAAACACAGCAACAAUACCGACUGAGACUGGAGGCUAAAGAUGGCGGAUCACCUCCGAGAACAGGUACCACGACAAUAGUUGUAUCAGUACAGGCUGUAAACAGAUCACCUGUGUUCACAACUGUGCAAACUACAGUAACUGUGGAGGAAAAUUCUGCUAUCGAUUCACCUGUAAUCCAGAUGACGGCCAGUGACGAAGAUUCAGGUGUGAAUGGCCAGCUGAGUUACAGAAUAAGCGCAGAUACAGCGAUGAUUUACCCAGGUAUGUUUCAUAUUGACCCCCUAUCUGGUGAUGUGUUCUCCCUGAAGAUGUUUGAUUACGAAGAUGAAAAGCUCUACCGACUGAUUGUGGAGGCUGUGGAUGGGGGUUCGCCGCCACUGACGUCAACGUCUGUAGUUAAGGUGAACGUUUUAGACGUAAACGACAACGUCCCCGAGAUCACAGUGAACUUUCUUUCUGGCACUGACGAAGCUUUCGUCUCCGAAUCGGCAGAAAGGCAACAUUUCGUGGCUGCGAUUUCAGUGAGAGACAAAGACUCUGGUGUGAACGCGGACAUUAAGUGCACUGUGGAGAAUGAACACUUUUCGCUGAUUCCUCUGAGCGAAACCGAGUUCCAGCUUAUACUGAAUGUCAAGCUAGAUAGAGAACAGUCCUCUCGGCAUAUUGUUUUGGUAGCGUGUCACGACAGCGGAAAACAACCCAAUGUUGUGUCAAAGGAAAUCAUUGUCAACGUUUUAGACGAGAACCACAACGCUCCAGAAUUCACGCAAAUAAAUCCCGAGGUCUAUAUAUACAAAGAUGUUAGUGUUGGGCAAGUGAUAUUCCAGGUUACUGCUGUUGAUGGCGAUGAAAAUGACAAUUCUAGCAUCAAGUUUGCGAUCAUUCCGGAGAAUCAGUAUUUCUCUAUCAAUCAGAACUCAGGGUCUGUUUCUAUCAAGAAACCACUUGAUUCGCUGAAUGAACCGAAAGUGAUAUUGACUGUUGUAGCAAAAGACAACGGAAGCCCGUCAAAACACACCGAGAUAAGCAUCACCGUUUCCUUUGUGCCAAGUUCUAGUUUGAAGGACACUCAGACACUAGCAGUUUUUCUGGUGCUGCUGGUCAUCGCCGUGGAUGGACAGAUAACUUCUCGACAGGUCAUCGCUAUACCAGAAGACACUCCAGCGUACACCGUCAUCGGUGAUGUUUUCAACGGGAAUGGAGGUAUGACCACAGCGAAACACGGUGCUAAGCCCAUGUGUUCUAUUCUCAAACGAGGCAACCCCUUCGCUGAUUAUUUCCAAAUCACAAAAUCAAGUGGUGAAGUUUUCCUGAUGAAAAGUUUAGACCGGGAAGAAAUCUGUGAUCAUACGGAAACGUGUUUGGUGAAAUUGGAUAUCGCUGUGUCCUUGGAAUCCAAAUUGGUUGGCAUUUUCCGUUUUGAUAUCAUGAUAACUGAUGUUAAUGAUAAUGCGCCUUUCUUUCGCGAAGAAAAUGUCCAAUUGGAGAUUUUUGAAGAUGCUGACGUCAACACGACGUUUCCGAUCCCCUCUGCCACUGACCUAGAUAUGGGACAUAACUCUGUGAUCACUUAUCAGAUUUCUCCCGCCAGUGAAAUGUUCGCGUUGGAUGUUAUCAGUAACCUGGACGGUACAGAUGAUCUGCGCAUAAAACUUACAGGGAUACUUGAUAAACAAACACAGCAACAAUACCGACUGAGACUGGAGGCUAAAGAUGGCGGAUCACCUCCGAGAACAGGUACCACGACAAUAGUUGUAUCAGUACAGGCUGUCAACAGAUCACCUGUGUUCACAACUGUCCAAACUACAGUAACUGUGGAGGAAAAUUCUGCUAUCGAUUCACCUGUAAUCCAGAUGACGGCCAGUGACGAAGAUUCAGGUGUGAAUGGCCAGCUGAGUUACAGAAUAAGCGCAGUUACAGCGAUGAUUUACCCAGGUGUGUUUCAUAUUGACCCCGUAUCUGGUGAUGUGUUCUCCCUAAAGGUGUUUGAUUACGAAGAUGAAAAGCUCUACCGACUGAUUGUGGAGGCUGUGGAUGGGGGUUCGCCGCCACUGACGUCAACGUCUGUAGUUAAGGUGAACGUUUUAGACGUAAACGACAACGUCCCCGAGAUCACAGUGAACUUUCUUUCUGGCACUGACGAAGCUUUCGUCUCCGAAUCGGCAGAAAGACAACAUUUCGUGGCUGCGAUUUCAGUGAGAGACAAAGACUCUGGUGUGAACGCGGACAUUAAGUGCACUGUGGAGAAUGAACACUUUUCGCUGAUUCCUCUGAGCGAAACCGAGUUCCAGCUUAUACUGAAUGUCAAGCUAGAUAGAGAACAGUCCUCUCGGCAUAUUGUUUUGGUAACGUGUCACGACAGCGGAAAACAACCCAAUGUUGUGUCAAAGGAAAUCAUUGUCAACGUUUUGGACGAGAACCACAACGCUCCAGAAUUCACACAAAUAAAUCCCGAGGUCUAUAUAUACAAAGAUGUUAGUGUUGGGCAAGUGAUAUUCCAGGUUACUGCUGUUGAUGGCGAUGAAAAUGACAAUUCUAGCAUCAAGUUUGCGAUCAUUCCGGAGAAUCAGUAUUUCUCUAUCAAUCAGAACUCAGGGACACGAGCAGUUUUUCUGGUGCUGCUGGUCAUCGCCGUGGAUGGACAGAUAACUUCUCGACAGGUCAUCGCUAUACCAGAAGACACUCCAGCGUACACCGCCAUCGGUGAUGUUUUCAACGGGAAUGGAGAAGAUGUCCAGUUGGAGAUUUUUGAAGAUGCUGACGUCAACACGACAUUUCUGAUCCCCUCUGCCACUGACCUAGAUAUGGGAGAUAACUCUGUGAUCACCUAUCAGAUUUCUCCCGCCAGUGAAAUGUUCGCGUUGGAUGUUACCAGUAACCUGGACGUAACUGUGGAGGAAAAUUCCGCUAUCGAUUCACCUGUAAUCCAGAUGACGGCCAGUGACGAGGAUUCAGGUGUGAAUGGCCAGCUGAGUUACAGAAUAAGCGCAGAUACAGCGAUGACUUACCCAGGUAUGUUUCAUAUUGACCCCCUAUCUGGUGAUGUGUUCACCAUGAAGAUGUUUGAUUACGAAGAUGAAAAGCUCUACCGACUGAUUGUGGAGGCUGUGGAUGGGGGUUCGCCGCCACUGACGUCAACGUCAGUAGUUACGGUGAACGUUUUAGACGUAAACGACAACGUUCCCGAGAUCACAGUGAACUUUCUUUCUGGCACUGACGAAGCUUUUGUCUCCGAAUCGGCAGAAAGGCAACAUUUCGUGGCGGCGAUUUCAGUGAAAGACAAAGACUCUGGUGUGAACGCGGACAUUACGUGUUUUGUGGAGAAUGAACACUUUUUGCUGAUUCCUCUGAGUGAAACCGAGUUCCAGCUUAUACUGAAUGUCAAGCUAGAUAGAGAACAGUCCUCUCGGCAUAUUGUUUUGGUAACGUGUCACGACAGCGGAAAACAACCCAAUGUUGUGUCAAAUGAAAUCAUUGUCAACGUUUUGGACGAGAACGACAACGCUCCAGAAUUCACACAAACAAAUCCCGAGGUCUAUAUAUACAAAGAUGUUAGUGUCGGGCAAGUGAUAUUCCAGGUUACUGCUGUUGAUGGCGAUGAAAUUGGCAAUUCUAGCGUCAAGUUUGCGAUCAUUCCGGAGAAUCAGUAUUUCUCUAUCAAUCAGAACUCAGGGUCUGUUUCUGUCAACAAACCACUUGAUUCGCUGAAUGAACCGAAAGUGAUAUUGACUGUUGUAGCAAAAGACAACGGAAGCCCGUCAAAACACACCGAGAUAAGCAUCACCGUUUCCUUUGUGCCAAACUCCAGUUUGAAGGACACUCAGUCUGAGGAUUUCCUAACUAAUACAGACAAGUCGGAAAUGUUUCCUAAUUUGAUGAUAGUUGUGUUUGUUAUAAUUCUGACCGCUAUUGCGACACGAGCAGUUUUUCUGGUGCUGCUGGUCAUCGACGUGGAUGGACAGAUAACUUCUCGACAGGUCAUCGCUAUACCAGAAGACACUCCAGCGAACACCGCCAUCGGUGAUGUUUUCAACGGGAAUGGAGGUAUGACCACAGCAAAACACGGCGUUAAGCCCAUGUGUUCUAUUCUCAAACGAGGCAACCCCUUCGCUGAUUAUUUCCAAAUCACAAAAUCAAGUGGUGACAUUUUCCUGAUGAAAAGUUUAGACCGGGAAGAAAUCUGUGAUCAUACGGAAACGUGUUUAGUGAAAUUGGAUAUCGCUGUGUCCUUGGAAUUCAAAUUGGUUGGCAUUUUCCGUUUUGAUAUCAUGAUAACUGAUGUUAAUGAUAAUGCGCCUUUCUUUCGCGAAGAAGAUGUCCAGUUGGAGAUUUUUGAAGAUGCUGACGUCAACACGACGUUUCCGAUCCCCUCUGCCAUUGACCUAGAUAUGGGAGAUAACUCUGUGAUCACCUAUCAGAUUUCUCCCGCCAGUGAAAUGUUCGCGUUGGAUGUUACCAAUAACCUGGACGGUACAGAUGAUCUGCGCAUAAGACUUACAGGGAUACUUGAUAAACAAACACAGCAACAACACCGACUGAGACUGGAGGCUAAAGAUGGUGGAUCACCUCCGAGAACAGGUACCACGACAAUAGUUAUAUUAGUACAGGCUGUUAACAGAUCACCUGUGUUCACAACUGUGCAAACUACGGUAACUGUGGAGGAAAAUUCCGCUAUCGAUUUACCUGUAAUCCAGAUGACGGCCAGUGACGAGGAUUCAGGUGUGAAUGGCCAGCUGAGUUACAGAAUAAGCGCAGAUACAGCGAUGAUUUACCCAGGUAUGUUUCAUAUUGACCCCCUAUCUGGUGAUGUGUUCACCCUGAAGAUGUUUGAUUACGAAGAUGAAAAGCUCUACCGACUGAUUGUGGAGGCUGUGGAUGGGGGUUCGCCGCCACUGACGUCAACGUCAGUAGUUACGGUGAACGUUUUAGACGUAAACGACAACGUCCCCGAGAUCACAGUGAACUUUCUUUCUAGCACUGACGAAGCUUUUGUCUCCGAAUCGGCAGAAAGGCAACAUUUCGUGGCUGCGAUUUCAGUGAAAGACAAAGACUCUGGUGUGAACGCGGACAUUACGUGCAUUGUGGAGAAUGAACACUUUUCGCUGAUUCCUCUGAGCGAAACCGAGUUCCAGCUUGUACUGAAUGUCAAGCUAGAUAGAGAACAGUCCUCUCGGCAUAUUGUUUUGGUAACGUGUCACGACAGCGGAAAACAACCCAAUGUUGUGUCAAAGGAAAUCGUUGUCAACGUUUUGGAUGAGAACGACAACGCUCCAGAAUUCACACAAAUAAAUCCCGAGGUCUAUAUAUACAAAAAUGUUAGCAUUGGGCAAGUGAUAUUCCAGGUUACUGCUGUUGAUGGCGAUAAAAAUGACAAUUCUAACGUCAAGUUUGCGAUCAUUCCGGAGAAUCAGUAUUUCUCUAUCAAUCAGAACUCAGGGUCUGUUUCUGUCAACAAACCACUUGAUUCGCUGAAUGAACCGAAAGUGAUAUUGACUGUUGUAGCAACAGACAACGGAAGCCCGUCAAAACACACCAAGAUAAGCAUCACCGUUUCCUUUGUGCCAAACCCCAGUUUGAAGGACACUCAGUCUGAGGAUUUCCUAACUAAUACAGACAAGUCGGAAAUGUUUCCUAAUUUGAUGAUAGUUGUGACACGAGCAGUUUUUCUGGUGCUGCUGGUCAUCGCCGUGGAUGGACAGAUAACUUCUCGACAGGUCAUCGCUAUACCAGAAGACACUCCAGCGUACACCGCCAUCGGUGAUGUUUUCAACGGGAAUGGAGGUAUGACCACAGCAAAACACGGCGUUAAGCCCAUGUGUUCUAUUCUCAAACGAGGCAACCCCUUCGCUGAUUAUUUCCAAAUCACAAAAUCAAGUGGUGACAUUUUCCUGAUGAAAAGUUUAGACCGGGAAGAAAUCUGUGAUCAUACGGAACCGUGUUUGGUGAAAUUGGAUAUCGCUGUGUCCUUGGAAUCCAAAUUGGUUGGCAUUUUCCGUUUUGAUAUCAUGAUAACUGAUGUUAAUGAUAAUGCGCCUUUCUUUCGCGAAGAAGAUGUCCAGUUGGAGAUUUUUGAAGAUGCUGACGUCAACACGACGUUUCCGAUCCCCUCUGCCAUUGACCUAGAUAUGGGAGAUAACUCUGUGAUCACCUAUCAGAUUUCUCCCGCCAGUGAAAUGUUCGCGUUGGAUGUUACCAGUAACCUGGACGGUACAGAUGAUCUGCGGAUAAGACUUACAGGGAUACUUGAUAAACAAACACAGCAACAACACCGACUGAGACUGGAGGCUAAAGAUGGUGGAUCUCCUCCGAGAACAGGUACCACGACAAUAGUUAUAUUAGUACAGGCUGUUAACAGAUCACCUGUGUUCACAACUGUGCAAACUACAGUAACUGUGGAGGAAAAUUCCGCUAUCGAUUCACCUGUAAUCCAGAUGACGGCCAGUGACGAGGAUUCAGGUGUGAAUGGCCAGCUGAGUUACAGAAUAAGCGCAGAUACAGCGAUGAUUUACCCAGGUAUGUUUUAUAUUGACCCCCUAUCUGGUGAUGUGUUCACCCUGAAGAUGUUUGAUUACGAAGAUGAAAAGCUCUACCGACUGAUUGUGGAGGCUGUGGAUGGGGGUUCGCCGCCACUGACGUCAACAUCAGUAGUUACGGUGAACGUUUUAGACGUAAACGACAACGUCCCCGAGAUCACAGUGAACUUUCUUUCUAGCACUGACGAAGCUUUUGUCUCCGAAUCGGCAGAAAGACAACAUUUCGUGGCUGCGAUUUCAGUGAAAGACAAAGACUCUGGUGUGAACGCGGACAUUACGUGUAUUGUGGAGAAUGAACACUUUUCGCUGAUUCCUCUGAGUGAAACCGAGUUCCAGCUUAUACUGAAUGUCAAGCUAGAUAGAGAACAGUCCUCUCGGCAUAUUGUUUUGGUAACGUGUCACGACAGGGGAAAACAACCCAAUGUUGUGUCAAAUGAAAUCAUUGUCAACGUUUUGGACGAGAACGACAACGCUCCAGAAUUCACACAAACAAAUCCCGAGGUCUAUAUAUACAAAGAUGUUAGUGUCGGGCAAGUGAUAUUCCAGGUUACUGCUGUUGAUGGCGAUGAAAAUGACAAUUCUAACGUCAAGUUUGCGAUCAUUCCGGAGAAUCAGUAUUUCUCUAUCAAUCAGAACUCAGGGUCUGUUUCUGUCAACAAACCACUUGAUUCGCUGAAUGAACCGAAAGUGAUAUUGACUGUUGUAGCAAAAGACAACGGAAGCCCGUCAAAACACACCGAGAUAAGCAUCACCGUUUUAUUUGUGCCAAGUUCUAGUUUGAAGGACACUCAGUCUGAGGAUUUCCUAACUAAUACAGACAAGUCGGAAAUGUUUCCUAAUUUGAUGAUAGUUGUGUUUGUUAUAAUUCUGACCGCUAUUGCGUCACGAAACACGGUGCUAAGCCCAUUGUGUUCUAUUCUCAAACGAGGCAACCCCUUCGCUGAUUAUUUCCAAAUCACAAAAUCAAGUGGUGAUAUUUUCCUGAUGAAAAGUUUAGACCGGGAAGAAAUCUGUGAUCAUACGGAAACGUGUUUGAUGAAAUUGGAUAUCGCUGUGUCCUUGGAAUUGAAAUUGGUUGGCAUUUUCCGUUUUGAUAUCAUGAUAACUGAUGUUAAUGACAAUUCGCCUUUCUUUCGCGAAGAAGAUGUCCAAUUGGAGAUUUCUGAAGAUGCUGACGUCAACACGACGUUUCCGAUCCCCUCUGCCACUGACCUAGAUGUGGGAGAUAACUCUGUGAUCACCUAUCAGAUUUCUCCCGCCAGUGAAAUGUUCGCGUUGGAUGUUACCAGUAACCUGGACGGUACAGAUGAUCUGCGGAUAAGACUUACAGCGAUACUUGAUAAACAAACACAGCAACAACACCGACUGACACUGGAGGCUAAAGAUGGUGGAUCACCUCCGAGAACAGGUACCACAACAAUAGUUGUAUCAGUACAGGCUGUCAACAGAUCACCUGUGUUCACAACUGUCCAAACUACAUUAACUGUGGAGGAAAAUUCUGUUAUCGAUUCACCUGUAAUCCAAAUGACGGCCAGUGACGAAGAUUCAGGUGUGAAUGGCCAGCUGAGUUACAGAAUAAGCGCAGAUACAGCGAUGAUUUACCCAGGUAUGUUUCAUAUUGACCCCCUAUCUGGUGAUGUGUUCUCCCUGAAGAUGUUUGAUUACGAAGAUCAAAAGCUCUACCGACUGAUUGUGGAGGCCGUGGACAGGGGUUCGCCGCCACUGACAUCAACGUCUGUAGUUAAGGUGAACGUUUUAGACGUAAACGACAACGUCCCCGAGAUCACAGUGAACUUUCUUUCUGGCACUGACGAAGGUUUUGUCUCCGAAUCAGCAGAAAGACAACAUUUCGUGGCAGCGAUUUCAGUGAAAGACAAAGACUCUGGUAUGAACGCGGACAUUACGUGCACUGUGGAGAAUGAACACUUUUUGCUGAUUCCUCUGAGCGAAACCGAGUUCCAGCUUGUACUGAAUGUCAAGCUAGAUAGAGAACAGUCCUCUCGGCAUAUUGUUUUGGUAACGUGUCACGACAGGGGAAAACAACCCAAUGUUGUGUCAAAUGAAAUCAUUGUCAACGUUUUGGACGAGAACGACAACGCUCCAGAAUUCACACAAACAAAUCCCGAGGUCUAUAUAUACAAAGAUGUUAGUGUCGGGCAAGUGAUAUUCCAGGUUACUGCUGUUGAUGGCGAUGAAAAUGACAAUUCUAACGUCAAGUUUGCGAUCAUUCCGGAGAAUCAGUAUUUCUCUAUCAAUCAGAACUCAGGGUCUGUUUCUGUCAACAAACCACUUGAUUCGCUGAAUGAACCGAAAGUGAUAUUGACUGUUGUAGCAAAAGACAACGGAAGCCCGUCAAAACACACCGAGAUAAGCAUCACCGUUUUAUUUGUGCCAAGUUCUAGUUUGAAGGACACUCAGUCUGAGGAUUUCCUAACUAAUACAGACAAUGACCGUUUUCCUGUGGGGAUCCCAAAGAGCGACCUCUACGGAUUUAAAUGUUCAUUUCUCACAGGCGGUAACCCCUACUCGAACCAUUUCACCCUGAAUGAGGCUACAGGAGGUAUAUUCACAGUCACAUCACUGGAUAGAGAGACCCUGUGCCCAGACGCCAACGCAUGUGUAGUGAAACUCGAUGUAGCUUUUUCAACAGAGACUGUGCCUGUGAAGAUCUUCCGUGUUGAUGUUGUGAUAGAGGAUGAAAACGACAACUCGCCAGUUUUCCCAGAAGCCGAAAUCCACAUCAAUAUAAUGGAAGAUACAGGCGUCAAUACUCAAUUUUCCAUCCCUACUGCCAUGGAUCCGGACAUGGACGAUAACUCUGUGAAAAUGUAUGUACUGGAACCCCCAAAUGACGUUUUCAGCAUCAUCGUCACCGAGACUUUAGAAGGCCUGCCUGGAGCCGCCAUUGUUUUACAGCGGAAAUUAGACCGUGAAGAGACGGCUUCUUACAAUGUGCAAGUCGUGGCUAAAGAUGGCGGAUCUCCUCAGCGAUCAGGCAAAAUGUCCAUCGUAAUAACUGUCUUAGACGUAAAUGACAACCCACCGAUCAUCGCUAAACAACCUUCCAGCAUUACGAUUCGAGAAAACUCACCUGUUGGCACACCUGUAAUCAAGAUCACAGCCACUGAUGAAGAUGCUGGUGAGAGCGGACAGGUGGGAUAUAGAUUUGGCUCAAGGAGCGUGCUGAUUGCUUUGGGAGUUUUUGAGAUUAACACGACUACCGGUGAGAUAAGCGUUAUGUCUAAUCUAGAUUACGAAGAAACCACAGAAUACCGUCUGAUAGUCGAAGCCUACGACAGGGGAUCCCCGUCGAGAUCUUCACAGGCUUUGGUUAUUGUGGAAGUCACCGACGUUAACGAUAACAAUCCUGUGCUUAACGUGAAUUACAUAUCUGGGCAAAAAUACGCCGAGAUUUCCGAAGCUGCUCCUAUAGGCAGCUUCAUAGCGCAUAUAUCAGUAACAGACCGGGACACAGGGGCUAACGCAAUCGCUGAUUGUACUUUCGAGCACAAUGACUUUAAAAUCGAAGAGAUUCGCCAAAACGGAUACCAGAUCACUUUGAAAAAGACGCUAGAUAGAGAAAAGAUUGCAAGAUACACGAUCCAGGCCACGUGCCAGGAUAGAGGAGCGCCGUUGCUAAGAACCUCUGGUGAUAUCGCCAUUCACGUGACAGAUGACAACGACAACGCUCCGGCUUUCCAGCAAGAUGUCUUCCCCGUUAUGGUUCAAGAAAGCUUGGAUGUGGGUAGACCAAUCAUCACAUUGACUGCUGUAGAUAAAGACGAGGGAGACAAUGCGAGGAUCACUUAUGAGAUCGCUUCCUCUAAGCCGGACACGGACUUCUUCCGCAUCAGUAAGAAAACGGGGACAAUAUUUGUGGCGAGCCGACUGGACCGAGAAACAAAACCGGAAGUGAGGUUGGCUGUAUACGCACGAGAUCACGGAAUUCCUCCACGUCGUACGAGAACCACGGUAGUUAUAGAACUGCUAGAUGUGAACGAUGAAACUCCUUUGUUCAAUCAAAGUAGAUAUCACUUCGCCAUCACAGAAAACUCUCCAGCCGGGACAUACAUUGGUAAAGUUGAAGCCUUGGAUUCAGACACUGGCUCAGGCGGGCAGGUAACUUUUGACCUUUCUCGUGAGUCACGCGCAUUCAAGUCUUUUACUAUUGAUAGCAAAUCUGGCGAGAUUCGGACAGCAAGGCCAUUAAAUCGAGAGGAACAUUCACUGGUACCCCUAAUCGCAAUAGCUCGCGAUAUGGGAAGCCCUCAACUCAGCUCGACUGUUCCUGUAGAUGUUAUAAUACUGGAUGUUAACGACAAUCCUCCAGUGUUCAUCUUUCCAUCCGCCACCAACGAAACAGUAAAUCUAGACAAACACAGCACAUCGUUCAUCGUGGCCAAGAUGAAUGUAACGGACGCUGACUCGGAGACAAAUUUGGUAUUCUCCAUGAACGACGAUUCUGGAGGAGUAUUUUUCAUGAAUAGUUCCACGGGAGAAAUCUCACUUACAAAAUCUGUGUCACAUUUGGAUGAUGGAACCGUGUUUAAACUGAAUCUCACUGUGGAUGACAAUGGGGCGCCACCACUUUCAUCCACAGCUACACUCGCUGUUGUUGUUGGUAGUCAAACCAGCGGACAAACCACCUUCUCCACGGUCAACAUGUACAUCGUGGUUGUUGUUUUAUCGCUGACAAUAAUCAUCUCAUUAAUCGUCUCCGUCGUCAUUGUGCGAAUGCGGAAGCAGGGCUCCUCCACAAAGAGAACGACCAAGAGAGAGGCACCAGACAGGGGAGAUAACCGCAUCACUUUGAGUCCCAAACGAACCAAUGUAACCAUCAGUCCUUCACAUCACGACAUGUACAUUCAGAAUGGAGUCUUAAGCGAAGCGGGUUCACCUAGGGUAGAGAAUCAACAGAACAACCAAAUAUACAAUUUUCAACCACAGAUGCACGUUACUGCCGGUUAUAUGACGCCUCAUCCCAAUGACUCUCCUCGUCAUCCAAGUCAACCUCCAAGGACUCCUCAUCAAACAUGGCUGACAGACUCAAAUUGCUCUCAGAUACAUCCAGCCUUAAGUCCCAGACCUGUGAGGAAAAGUCUGAGUGAUACAUCCGAAGAGACAUAUGACAGCGGCAAAGGUGGAAGUAAUAACAGUGUAAGGGCGUCACUAAGGGGAGACCACUCUCCCGAGAAAGGAACCAAAUUUCGAAACGACCCUUUGCAUAGUUCAGCAGAAGAUUUUCAGCAAAUCCACACGCUGAGCAGUUCGGGUGAAGUCUUCACCAAUAGGCCUGGGAGCCCGUGGAAACGACAGGAGCAGUUUGAACCCGGGAUUCUUAAGGAAAUGAACUCUUUCGCUGAUUACGACAAAGCUGGAAAGCUAAUCAUUGUCAAGGUCACUCAUCUGAGCAAAUCAGGAUCGAGCCGACGUAUUGAUCAACUUGCUCUGACGAGAACAGAUUAA